GAGUAUAAAUAUGUUUUGUUGCUAUUAUCAAAGUUUUUAAAAUUACUUGUUGAUUAGAUCUUGCUGCUAAUAUAUAAAAUGGCGUCUUAAUAGUUUUCUAUCCCAAAGCACAUCCACUGGCUAUUAUUUUAUCUUGAUUUAAAUUUUUGCAAACUCAAAAUGGAAGCAUUGAGAAUGGAAUAUGUUUUGAUUCCAUUCAUAACUGUAACUUUUACGGCCGUAGUUAUUCUGUUUAUAAUAUUUUGCUGGUUCCUAGUGUGGAAAUUCAUAUUGACCAGAUUCAAGUUAGUCAGAGAACUUAUAGGUGAGGCUAAUGACCCGGAGGUAAACAAUCUAAAAGCAAGUCGUGGUCGAAUCAAAAAACCUAGAAGAUACUAGGAAUCUAUUUCAAGAUGAAUAUACGCUGUGCAAAACCUGAAGAUCUCAUGAACAUGCAGCACUGUAAUUUACUGUGCUUACCAGAAAAUUAUCAGAUGAAAUAUUACUUUUAUCACGGACUCAGUUGGCCCCAACUGAGCUAUGUAGCAGAAGAUGAAAAAGGCAAUAUUGUUGGAUAUGUUCUCGCCAAAAUGGAAGAGGAUCAAGAAGACCUGAAGCAUGGACACAUAACCUCUUUGGCAGUAAAAAGAUCUCAUCGCCGACUGGGUUUAGCACAAAAACUUAUGGACCAGGCCUCGGAAGCUAUGGUAGAAUGUUUUGAUGCAAAAUAUGUCUCCUUGCAUGUGAGGAAGAGUAACCGAGCUGCCUUGAAUUUGUAUAAAAAUUCUUUGAAAUUUGAAACUGUGGAAAUAGAACCCAAGUAUUAUGCUGAUGGUGAAGAUGCCUAUUCCAUGAGAAGGGACCUUUCAGAGUUCUCAAGGAAAAACAAAUUGAAGUCUGAUGAGAAGAGUGAGGAAUAGAUCAUAUUCAAAAUUAUAUUGAAUGGUAAAUCAUUUUAAACAUGAAAUUUCAUGCUACUCUUGCUUCAGAUGGUAGUAGUACUGUUAGUAGUACUUGUAAAAAAUAUUAAAAUCAGUAUGUAAAUAAGGUUUCAUCAGUGAAAUUGUUUUUUAUUUUGAGAUUUUUUGUUGGUUUUGUUUAGUUAUUACAUCUUGUGAAUUUUUCUUAAUAAAAUUACAUGAGUCGGUCUAGAA